UUCACACACAGCCUUCUGGGAUUUUAUUAGGCAGUGCCUUGAAUUAAUGGAACAGUUUGGGAAGAAUUGUCUUGAUAAUGCUGAGUUUUCCAAUUCACGAUCUUGAAUCUAUCUCCAUUUAUUUAGUUUCCAUUUAUUUGGAUCCUUAAUGUCUCUCAGUAAUGUUUUAUAGUUGCCAUUGUACACAUUCUGCACCUUUUUGUUAGAAGUUCAGCUGAGUGUCUUCUGCUUUUGAGGCUAUUGUGAAUGGAACGAUUUUCUUUAUUUUCAGGGUGUUUAUUUCUAGUAUAUGUAUAUCUUUAUCUUGUGUCCUAUGAUCCCAUCAAACUUUGUUUUAGUAAUGCAAAACAUGUUUGGUGUACUUCUUGCCAUUUUCUACAUCCCAAGGUGAUGUCAUCUAUGAAUAAAGACACUUUUAUUCCUUCCUUUCUAAUCUGGAUGUCUUCAUUACUAAACUUGUUAAUUUAUUUCACCAGCUAGAACCUGCCAGAUAACGUUGAAUAAAAGUGGCAAGAGGGGACAUCUUUGUCUUGUUCUCCAUCUUAGGGAAAACGCAUUCUAGUGUUUACCAUUAAAUACAAUGUUAGCUGUGGCUUUUCACGAAUGUACUUUAGCAGGUUGAGGAAAUUGCCUUCUAUUCCUGGUUUGUUCAGUUUCAUUCUCUUGAAUUUGUCAGUACUUUUCUAUGUCUCCUAAGGUUAACAUGCGGUUCUACUCCGUAAUUCUAUAUGGUGUAUGACAUUAAUUCAGUUUUGAAUGUUAAAUCAACCUGACUUCCUGUCCCCAUGGUGUGUAAUUCUAGUCACCACUGGUCAUGCUGUAUCAUCCAUUUCAUAUGCUGCUUGCUUGGUUUGCUGCUAUUCUGUCGAGUGUCUAUAUCACAUUAUUCUGCAGGUUUCUUGGAAAAGGUAGGUGGGAGUGAGGAAUGAAAGAUUGGAAAGGGUUGUGAGAAGACGUUCUGGGGAGAUGGUUGUGCUGCAUAUGGACACCUGGUUGUGUACCUUUCUCAAAAGUCUCAAGGCUGUGUCAGUUUUACUUUUUCUUUUAUAUAAAUUGUGUAAGUUUUCUUAAAAGGCAGGUUGGGCCAGGCGCAGUGGCUCACGCCUGUAAUCCCAGCACUUUGGGAGGCCGAAGCAGGCGGAUCAUGAGGUCACAAGGUCAGGAGAUCGAGACCAGCCUGGCCAACAUGCUGAAACCCCAUUUCUGCUAAAAACACAAAAAUGAGCCAGGCAUGGUGGCACGUGCCUGUAAUCUCAGCUAUUUGGGUGGCUGAGGCAGGAGAAUCGCUUGAGCUUGGGAGUGAGAGGUUACUGUGAGCUGAGAUCAUGCCACUGCACCCCACCCUGGGCAACAGAGCAAGACUCUGUCUCAAAAGAAAAAAAAGCAAGAUGAUAGAGAAUUUUCAAGCUCCUAAUAUUGUUGCUUGUCUAACAAGUAAACUUUUAAAAAAAAUUCCCAGACAGCGUAAGUCGUGUGACAGUGGUAAUAAGUGUGAAUAUUGUUUGCUAUUAUUGUCUUUUAAGAAGCAAUCCUGUGUCUUAAGAUUAUUUUCUGUGACUCCUCUCACCCAAUGAUCUGGCGCUGCUCACCUGAGCCGGCGCCUCCCAUCACUCACCUGUAGGUAGGAUUCUGAGUGUCAUUCUUACGUUGAAGUUUAACAAAUACACCAGCAAUGUAUUCCCAAAAACCUUGGUACUGCAUGAAAAGUUAUUAAAUGAAAAAUGUUCUCCUGAAUUAUAGUGAAAAAAUGGAUGUAUUUUAUCAUAAUCCAAGAUAUCCAAUUUGUACAGAUAGAAAAAUCAAUAAUGAGAAUGUAUAAGAAACGAAUACUGUAAAGGUGAUUAGAUUUGUGUGCAAAAUGUGACAUGAGGGUUUGUCGUGUGUCCCGGAGGAAAACGGGGAGGUGGAGAGGCCGCUCCAUGUGAGGCACAUUCUGCUUUCUCUCCUGUUACCAUCACCAGCGUCUUGAUCCUUAGAGAGCUGCAUGGGUAUCGAACACACCGACGUAGAAAUCCAUCACCCUCAUGGGUAUCGAACACACCGACACAGAAAUCACCUGCAUGGGUAUCUGACACACUGAUGUAGAAAUAAAUCAGCUGCAUGGGUAUCUAACACACCAAUGUAGAAAUAAAUCAGCUGUAUGGGUAUCUAACACACUGACAUAGAAAGAAAUCAGUUGUAUGGGUAACUAACACACAGACGCAGAAAUCACCUGCAUGGGUAUCUAACACACCGAUGUAGAAAUAAAUCAGCGGUAUGGGUAACUAACACACAGAUGCAAAAAUCACCUGCAAGGGUAUAUAACACAAACACCAACGUAGAAAUAAAUCAGAGCCCAGAAGAGCAUCUCAGGACUAACCAGGGCUAAACAUAGUCACACUGAGACUCCUGAGAGCCCCACAGGCCCUCCGCCUCCCCUUGUCCUCUCACUUUCUGACUGACACAAGAAAACACUUGAUUUCUUCCCAAACUGCUGUGUAGAGGAAAUGUGUCAGUGCAUCUUUGAGAUGACAGUAUCAAACAUCUUAUAGCAUGUUUGUAUAAGGUGCUUUAGAAGAAAAAUUCAUUAUGCUAAAAUAAAUGGCUCAUUAUCUGAAAAGUGGUUUAAAUUCUCAAGAGUGUCUACGGCAAAAAGUCAUUGAACAACUGUUCAGACUUGGGUGAAGUAAAUCUGUGUUUGAGGGACUGAGAUUGUGGUGCAUGUUUUUGCUGCAAUAUGUAGCAAAUCGCCUUUCUUCUUACACAGAUACCUCUUCUGGCUCCGAAGAUGAAGGCUCAUUGCAGGGGGACUCCCAGGGCACCCCGACCUCCAGCCAGGGCAGCAUCAACAUGGAGCACUGGAUCAGUCAGGCCAUCCACGGCUCCACCACGUCCACCACCUCCUGGUCCUCCACGCAGAGCGGGGACAGCAGAGCUGCCAACAGGCUGGCGGAUGUCAUGGCCCAGACCCACAUGGAUAAUCAUUCUGCACCUCCUGAUGUAACCACGUACACCUCAGAGCACUCCAUACAGAUGGAGCGACCACAGGGUUCCACGGGGUCCCGGACAGCGCCCAAGUACUGCAACGCCGAGCUCAUGGAGACCGGGAAUAGUACGUCCCAAAGCAGAGAUGUGUUUUUUUCUGGGAAACGGUUUGUGCUGAUGUCCCGUUCUGUGCCCGUGACUGGGUGUGUUUCUUCCUGGGGUACAAUCUGCUGCCAUUUUAUCUGCUGAAUAACUAACAGUGGUUCAGCAACUGAGAAAUUCUUGCACAGGUGUUAAGACCGUGAACAGUCACUUAGAAAAGCAAGAUGAAGUUAAAUGUACAACAGAAUUACUGUCAGAUGGGCCGGUAUGUUGCUUUAGACUUCGGAGGAAAGAGGGUCUUUUUAUCCAUGUUGGACACAGAUGUCAGCGACUUGGUAACAGGCUGCGGCCGAGGGCUUCUCCUUCCUUCCUGUGGCCUGGUCUUGGUAUGUUCUGAUUACAGCGGCGGUUUGUAUCACCUAGCCCCUGUUCUGUUUAAGUCUUAGUCCUUCCCCGGAGUCAUAAAAGUCAGUGUAGAACCUAGCAGUGAAUGAAAUACAAUGCCCCCGUGUGAAGCCUCAUCGAGCAGCCUUGGAAUGGCGUAAUCUUGUAGUGCACGGGACUCGCAGGCGGACAAGGAGGCCUCUCCGAGCCCCAACAAGUAGACAGGGAGGACUAUUGGAACCGCGACAAGCACAGUGGACAGGGAGGCCUGUGUGGACACAGUGGACAGGCACAGUGGCCAGGGAGGACAGCGUGGUUGUGUGGAUCCACAGGACACUGUGGCGUCCAAGCACGCGCUCCCAGAGGAGAGGACCCUGUGGGAGCUGAUGCUGGGAGCAGGCUGAGAUUCCAGCGAGUAAGACUCCCUGUGACGUGCACAGCUGCCAUCUGCGCAGCAGCUCCUGAUGCCAAGAUGGUCGUGCGAUAAAUGCACAAAGCACAUCUCCAGCAAAAAGCCGCCGAGUGUCGACAUCCAGGAUAUCCACCGAGGUGGCUUUUUAGUGUUAAUACGAUGAAUGUGAGCAGCAGGUGGUCUGCGUUCUGGGUGUGUGUGACUGUGCCACUGCAGUUUUGUUCUCAUGUCUUGAUGAGCAUGAACGGUUCCUGACGAAGGUAGGUAAGGAUGCUGUGACCUGAGACUCUGCAGUAUUGUAGCUUGAGGAACCAAGGAGUUUUUCUGUCUUGAAAACCUGUCAGGGAGGAUGUUCCAGGUUGGUGACUGCUCCAUGAGGUAUUCAGAGAUCCAGGUUCCUUUCAGACUCCUGCUCUGUGUUCCCACGGACACGGCUGUCCUUGCUGUGGUUGGGGCUGGGUGAUUGCCAUGCUGGCGGGGGAGGGUUAAGGCGAGAGUGGCCAUGAUUUACCUAAUCUACAUAAUGACAGGGAGCCUGGGAGUAAAGUGUAGCCAUGGCCUGGAGGAUGGAUGAUGGAUGUUGGUGAACGACUGGCUGCACUCACCGCAGAUGGCCCAGGGAUGGGAAGGACGACUGAUUAUGCCAUUCAAUGGUACCUGGUUCUUUCAGAUUUGGCUUCCUUAUGGAUUUUCUGCUGUAAAGAGGAGAGAGCCUGUGGUUCUAGGCCAAACAUUUCACUCAUCUCGUAGCAUCUUGUAUCCCUUAGCCAACAUUUUUGUCAAGUUUCAGAAGUCCUAUCAAACAGGCAAGCAUUUCUCAGUUUGGUUUAAUCAUUGGAUUUUAUAUCUGUGUCUGCAUCUCUAUUUUACAUCUAUGUGGUUAUUUGACACUCUGUAGUACCUUUGUAAUAGGUUCUAUUUGGUGGAAGUUACUGUCAACAAACCUUGCUGCUACUUGAAUUUUCAAGGUUGCAAGUAGAAAGGAGAGAAUAAAAACCACAUCUUCUCUAA